AUGUUUCACACAUUUCAAGGCAUCACUCAGCGCAAGCCACCCACCCAUCCGCAGGAUUCGGGAAAACCAGACACCGUGAUAAGCUCUAAGAGAAUCACUACUCCUCACGCAUGCGCCGAAUGCAAGAGGCGGAAAAUCCGUUGUGAUGGACAACAACCUUGCGGACAAUGCCUCUCGAGCCGCGCGCCCAAACGCUGCUUCUAUGACAAACAUCGCCAGCGAGUGAUCCCGUCCAGGAAGACUCUUGAGGCACUCUCUCAAUCACUCGAGGAAUGUCGGUCCGUGUUGAAACGGCUAUUUCCAGAACAGGAUACGCACACGCUACUUCCUUUGUCCAGGCAAGAUCUAUUGGAUCUUAUUGAUAGACCAUCAGAGCCCGCAACAACGGCGCUCCCAUCACCACCACUUAAUACAUCACCACUCUCGGACCUGGAGUCACCCGGCCUCUCCAGCUUGGAGCAUAUACCGACUGCUGAUACAGAAUGGGACGAGGAGAGAAGAGGCAGAGAUCCUAUUCCUGUAGAAGCUGACGAUGUCAAUGCCCUUUCCCUAGCCGUUGAUCGGCAAUCGUCAUACCUUGGGGCCUCCUCUAUCAAAGCGGCACUUAUGGUAAUGUUAAGGGUUCAGCCGGGACUCAAGGCGGCUCUCACAACGCCACUUGGCCAUAUCGAUAUGAUGAACAACUAUUCGGUAAUUCGCCAUAAAGCGAGCCCCAUAAAAGAUAAUCAACGGGUUCCCUGGUCCUGGAAAGGACAGACUCUUAUUGACGCAUAUUUCAAACGGAUCCACGUCUUCGUCCCGAUGCUUGAUGAAGCAGCUUUCCGUGCAGACUAUCUCGAAGGCCAGCGGUCCGAUUCACCUUGGCUAGCUCUUCUCAAUAUGGUGUUCGCUAUGGGUAGUAUCGUAGCUAUGAAGUCAAACGAUUUCACACACAUUAAUUACUACAAUCGUGCGAUGGAGCACUUAUCCAUGGACGCAUUUGGAAGUAGUCACCUUGAAACAGUUCAAGCACUAGCCCUUAUUGGCGGGUAUUAUCUUCAUUAUAUCAAUCGCCCUAACAUGGCAAACGCUGUUCUCGGGGCAACCAUUCGCAUGGCGAGUGCCCUGGGCCUACAUAGAGAAAGCCUCGCACAAGGAACUUGCGAUGUUGCGGCGGGCGAAUCAAGGCGACGGACAUGGUGGAGUCUAUUCUGCCUAGAUACCUGGGCUACGACGACGAUGGGGCGACCAUCAUUUGGUCGGUUCGGGCCGGCCAUCAACAUACGACCUCCCGAGGUUGGCAUCCACCAGCGAGAUUCUGCGCAGCAUGCAGGGAUUCUGCCACUGAUAGAAAAUAUCAAGUUCUGCAAAAUCGCCACUCAGAUUCAGGAUAUGCUGGCCAUAUCCCCAUUACUCCGCCCAGAAGACCGCCGCAAUCUAGACAGGCAACUUACCGGCUGGUACAACAAUCUUCCCUGGCUACUUCGCACCAGUGAUCCCUGCGCUGAGCCACUCUAUGUCGCGAGAUGUAUCAUGAAGUGGAGAUACCAAAAUCUUCGAAUGCUGCUUCAUCGACCCGUUCUUCUUACACUAGCAAGCAACGGGUCAUCGGGGCACCUUAGUGAGGAAGAAGUUGCUGCCGUUGAAACCUGUAGGGAGCUAGCCUGCCAAACUAUCGAAGAUGUUGCCAGAGAAUGGACGAGAAAUCAGAUGUCAGGUUGGAAUGCCGUUUGGUUCUUAUACCAAGCUUCAAUGAUUCUUCUUGUUAGCAUAUUCUGGCAGAUUAACAGUCCGCACAUCUCAGAAUGGCAAAAGCAGAUCGAGACGAUCCUAGAACUCUUUGAUGCAAUGGAGGACUGGUCACUAGCGGCGCGCCGAAGCCGGGAGGUGGUGUGGCGCAUGUAUGAAGCUUCACGGCUGCCCACAAUGACAAAGAGCGAUAGUACGGCGGCUCAAGCAGGUCACGAUCGAGGACUCUUAAUCACAGAAUCGGAUCCGCAUAUGUCGCCGAUCGGGAUGGAGGCGGGCGGCAUGGGUGUUAUGGCCAUUGUCGAUCAACAAGGGCUAUGGGAUGUUGAUGGUAUGUUUUGGGGCCAGGAUGGUGAACAAUGCCAGUUUCCACUUUAUUCAUUAGGGAAACGACCAUACCUCUGGAAUAUGACCUACUUAACAAUUCCACCCACAUUAUAG